GAUGUUCCCUUCGCUGAAGCCUCUGCUGAAGCUGUGUGGGGUCUACACAUUCGCUAGCAGCGUCGUCAACUUCUACCGAGAGACAGCUGAACGCAUCGUUGUACAGCGUGGACGGCUGCCUACUGAAAAUAAGGUGGAUUUUCUGCAACUGCUCCUUGACGCUGAAGACAGCACGACUGAGAAUGGAACCACACCCGCAAAACGUUUAUCAUCAGAGGAAAUCUGUGCUCAAGUCUGUGUGAUCUUCGGUGGCGCCUUCGAGACUAUCCCCACAUCCCUCCAGUUCAUGUCCUACGUUCUGGCGACUCAUCCUAGUGUGCAGAAGAAGCUGGUCGAGGCCAUCGACUCCGAGAUUGGUGAUGAACAGCCGACCUAUGACAACAUACAGAGGAUAGAGUACCUGGAACACUUCAUCCGGGAGACCCUCCGCCUCUACCCUUCAAUACCACUGGUAGCCAGGGAAACUGUGAGCACGGUGGAAAUCAAGGGCCACACAUUCCCUAGAGGCUCCGUAGUGGUUGCCCCGACGCUGGAGAUUCACAGAGACCCAGAAUACUUUGAUGAUCCUGAUUCGUUUGACCCUGAUCGAUGGAGAGAGACAAUUAAUCCCGUUUCCUGGCUUCCAUUUGGUUACGGUCCUCGCCAGUGUAUCGCGAUGAGACUGGCCAUGAUUGAGAUGAAGAUUGGGCUGAUCCAUGUCCUCAGAAGGGUGGAGAUCGUCAGACUACCUGACACACCUGAAGUGAUGGAGUUCGACCCUAAAGCUCAUGGUCGGCUGGCUCCAAGAAAGGUCAUCAAACUCAAGAUUGAACUGCGUCAACAACGGCCGACUACAGCCUCGUGCAGCUGAAUGUAUAUGCACCUCGUGAUGAUCUCGUGGUGUUUCUGGUACAAUAUGGCGACACCCGCGCGUCUAGGCCCUGGAUGGAUCAAUCAGUUGAUAAAGUGGUUUGUCAAUAAAUGAAUACAUAUAA